AUGAGCUUAGGAAUCUCAUCUGCAAGAAGACCAUUGACAGCGGGAGCGAUAUAUUCACACGCAACGCGAAGCAUGGCCAGCGGAGAAAACAUGAACAUCGCAAUCGAUGCCAAAAGCGAGACUAAUGGCACCAACGGCAGCGCCGCUAGCGCCGCUAGCGGCGCCAGCCGUGAAGUGCACACGACAGAGAUCGAGCAGCCUUCUCGCGAUUUACAAGACGUGGACAUGAUCGACGAAGACGACGAAGAAGUGGACAAAGAGAAAAUCAAGUUUCUGCCGCAAGCAACGUCUGAUGACGGCUCGUGCGCGUCGUUUCAAAUCACCGAGGAAGACCACACGCUCGGCAACGCACUCCGCUACAUAAUCAUGAAAAACCCAGAAGUAGAAUUCUGCGGGUACUCCAUUCCACAUCCAAGUGAAAAUCUGCUAAACAUCAGAAUUCAAACCUACGGCGAAAUCACUGCGGUCGAAGCCCUUCAGAAGGGCCUCCAGGACCUCAUGGACCUGUGCGACGCCGUCGAGGACAAAUUCACGCAGCGCAUAAGAGAGAUGUGA